AUGCUUCGACUUAAAAUGGAAGUGGUCGCGGCUUUGGCUGCGUGGUCGAUUGCCUCGGUUUGUGAGACCGUGCCUGUGUCUAGCCAUUGGACUCGAGGCCUCUGUCCACGAUCGAAUGACGUGAAUGAUCUAGGGAUCAAGCUUUCGCCUACCGCCAAAGUCUAUUACCCAGGCUCGGAAGAGUUCGACGUGGCAUCAACCCGGUGGUCAGUCUUAGAUGCCCCCAAAGUAAACAUCGUUGUCGUGCCGGGUACGGAAAACGAUGUGGUCGAGACGGUGAAAUAUGCGAAUGAAAAGGGCCUGCCCUUCCUUGCGUACAAUGGUGCCCAUGGUGCAAUUACGACCCUGGGUAAGAUGGACCAUGGUAUUGAAAUCUUUCUGGAGCAGCUGAAUACCAUCGACAUUGCGGAGGAUGGGAAGACGGUGAAGAUUGGUGGCGGAACUGGAUCGAAGGCAGUGACCGAUACGCUCUGGGCGGCAGGAAAGCAAACAGUGAGCGGUACUUGCGAAUGUGUCAGCUUUCUGGGACCUGCACUCGGUGGAGGCCAUGGCUGGCUGCAGGGGCACCACGGUCUCGUUGCGGACCAGUUCGUUUCUAUGAAUAUCGUCCUGGCAGACGGGAGCUUGAAAGUCCUGGAUAACCAGUCAGAUCUCUGGUGGGCGAUGAAUGGUGCUGGCCAUAACUUCGGUAUCGUAACCUCCGUUACUACCAAGCUCUAUGAUGUCGUUCAUUCCGACUGGGCGAUCGAGACUCUCAUAUUUAGUGGAGACAAAGUGGAGGCCGUAUAUCAAGCCGCUAAUGACUACCUCCUGAAGAAUGGCACCCAGCCCGAGGGUGUUAUCAAUUGGUCAUACUGGCUGAAUAUCCCGGACGCUGAUCCUGAAAAUCCGGUGAUUCUAUUCUACAUUAUUCAAGAGGGUGUGACAGCAGUCGACUCAGUUUACACAAAGCCGUUCCACGACAUUGGUCCACUCUCUGAAGAGUCAAAGGGAGGGAGCUACACCGAUCUUGCGGGGUGGACUGGCAUCUCCCUGUCAGCUCCGCCUUGCCAGAAGGCUGGCCUUGUCAACCCACGGUUCCCCAACUAUCUUGAAGAAUACAACGUCCCCGCCCAAAAAGAGGCAUAUAAGCUCUUCGCAAAUGGCGCCCGCGGAAGCUCGCCAUUUAACAACUCAAUAUUCAUGUUCGAAGGGUAUUCCACGCAGGGAGUAAAAGCAAUCGACAGCAAGUCCAGUGCUUUCGCCUUUCGAGGCGAGAAUAUUCUCUCCGCUCCACUCAUCACGUAUGCACCCGCCGGUCCAGAGCUUGAUACAAAGGCAUCUCAGUUAGGCAAUGAGCUUCGACAGAUCCUCCACAAGGCCAGUGGGCAGCCAGACGUGCAGGCGUAUGUCAACUAUGCUUACGGCGACGAAACACCGCAACAAUGGUAUGGAAGUGAGAAGUGGCGCCAGGACCGCCUGCAGGCCUUGAAGCAGAAGUACGAUCCAACGGGCAAGUUUAGCUUCUUCGCACCAAUCGCAUAA